AUGGCGGCUACAACGCAUUCAAUGGAGUCCCGUGUUGGCCGGACUAAUCAGAGGUAUGGCGCCAAAGGUGAAAGGCUGGUCGCCGGCAUUGUCCCCCUGUCUCCAGAUAAAACCAAGGUCUUGAUGAUUCAAUCUGCUGGUCCUGGAGGAUGGGUCUUGCCAAAGGGAGGCUGGGAGUUGGAUGAGCCGACUGCUCAACAGGCAGCCCAGCGGGAAGCUUGGGAGGAAGCAGGCGUCAUCUGUACCGUUCAGCGAGACCUCGGCGUCAUUCCAGACAUGCGACCGAUGAGCCUUCUGACCACUCAUGCGCCAAAAGCGUCAUAUCAAUUCUUCGAAGCCAUAGUGAACCGGGAAGAAGCGCAAUGGCCCGAGAUGCACAAGCGAAGACGGCAGUGGGUUUCCUACUCUCAGGCUGCAUCCGCUUUGGCCGGUCGUCCGGAGCUGCUCGAAGCAUUAAAUCGGAGUUCGUUGCGACGUUAA